AUGACUUCAAGCACUCAUGGGGAAUGCAUCUGUCUCCAUAUUGGACAGGCUGGUUGUCAGAUCGGUCAAGACACUUGGACGCUGUUCUGCGAGGAACAUUGUGUGAGCGGGGAUGGUACACGGGAUCUCGCAGCGCUGCAAAGAAGUGUCGUGGAUGCAGAUGACACGAAUUACAACACCUUCUUCUCCGAGACGCAUGCCGGCCAGCAUGUGCCUCGCGCUGUAUUCAUUGAUACUGAUCCAAGCAUGCGCAACGAGAUACUGACGGAAACCCCUAAGCUUUUUCAUCCUGAGAACGUUCUGGGGUAUAAACAGGAUUGCAAGAGCAAUUUCUUUGAGGGCCGCUUUAUGGCAAGCCACUUGAAAGUGAAGGAGGAUGUUCUUGACCGGGUGCGUUUGCAGGUAGAUCUGUGCACGAACCUGCAGGGCUUCUUUGUGUUCCAUGCCUUCGGCGGGGGCACUGGGUCUGGUGUCGGCUGUGAGAUUCUGCAUGAUUUGCACGAAGCCUUCGACAAGAAGGUGAUCUUCCAGCCAAUCGUGUUUCCUUCACGUCGCUUCGCUAGCAGCAUGGUUGAGCCCUACAAUUCCAUCUUCUCAACAUUCUAUACGAGGGACGUGGUUGAUGUGACGAUGAUGAUGGACAACGAAGCGGUCUACAAGAUGGUUGAGCUAAAGCAGCAAGUGAAGAAUCCGGACUUCCAUCACGUGAAUCGUCUCAUCGCGCAAACGAUCUCCGCAUGCACUACUUCUCUUCGAUUCGAGGCCCAGCUCAGUGCGAAGAUGGUGGAGAUCGUCACAAAUCUUGUUCCAUCCAAGCAAUUCCGAUAUCCUGUUUUAUCGCUUUCACCGGUUCGUGGCAAAGAUCAGGAACGCCACGAGACGUUUUCACCGCAGGAGAUUGCCACCGAGCUCUUUGAGACCUCCAGUCUUCUAAGUGAUGUAUCUCACUUGAAGACCAACCGAUACCUGUCUGCGGUUAUUCUUCUCAGAGGAGUGGAAACCUUUCGACCGGACAAGGAAGAAGGCUUGGGUAGUUCGCGUGGUGCGGGUGCUGCGGGUGGUCCGGGCUAUCCGAGCAAAACAACUCUGCCUAUGGAAGCUAACAAAUGCAUCACUGCAAUUCAGACGAUGAAAGAUGGCACGCACCGAUCUCCCGUGAAGUUUGCACCCUGGGUAACGUCAGGCUUCAAAGUUGGCUUGGUCGGGAUUCCUCCUGCCAAAGAUCCAAAUGAUAAUGUCAUGGGUGACAUCAGUCGAUUGGGAGCCAUGCUUGGCAAUAGCACAGUUGUUCGGCAGGUCUUUGUCCGCCAAUACACCAAGUUCCUGAAGCUGUUCUACCACCGUGCCUAUGUAUGGCAGUUUAUCGACGCAAAUGGAGAAAUCGAUGCGUUCUACGAAGCGCGCGAUGGAGUGCGAGACAUCAUCGGAAAUUAUGAGGAGCUCUUGCGUCAAUGUGCGCAAGCAGAGAAUGAGCAGUACGGGGGCAGCAACGCAGCUGUUGAGGGUCAGACGAAUCUCCUAGAGACGGAUGCGCGAGCUUCCUAG